AACAAGGAUUAAAGAGUAAUUUUAGGAGCUGCUCCUUUCUUCUCUCCUACCCGCCUCACAUUUCUUUGAAAGUGAAACAUUACAGUUUAAUCCGUUGAAAACACAGAAAAACUAUGCACCUCCUCUCUUCUUCUCCUUCUUCUUCCUCGAACCCGAACUUCAACGUCUUCUCCACCUCCCAAAACAAUUCAACAAAUCUCUCCAAUUUCACACUCAAAACCACCAUUUUAACCUUCCACUCCUGUACAUAUUCCCUCUCAGUCCCUCCACGUUGCUCUUCCAGUGACUCCUCCACUUCAGUCCUCGAAAGCACCUCAAACAUUGCCAUAUCAGAUGGAUGGAAGCCUGAUGAUGUCCAAUCGAAGAGAGAGACUACUGACAGUUUGCUGGUUGUUCGCCGGCCGGCGAUGGAGGCACCUGGAGACGGGGAUGAUGAUGAUGAGCACAAAAUGGAAGGUGAAGAUGAUGAUGAUGAAUCGAAAUCAACGGUGAUCGAUGUGGGACUCAAUGAGUUCGCGAAGAAGAUGCCUAUUUUCGAGCCCGACAAGAGGGUGGAGUCGUCGGGGUCGAAAGAGAAGCCUUUGACCGUGAAUUUGGACUUGGCAUUGUACAGAGCUAAGGUUUUAGCCAGGAACCAUCGCUAUGCAGAAGCUGAGAAUAUCCUUCAAAAGUGCAUAAAAUAUUGGCCGGAAGAUGGGCGUGCUUACGUGGCAUUGGGAAAAACAUUAAGCAAACAAUCCAAGACAGCAGAAGCUCGGGCUGUAUAUGAGAAAGGUUGUCAGGCAACUCAAGGGGAAAAUGCCUAUAUCUGGCAGUGCUGGGCUGUUUUGGAAAAUAGGAUUGGAAAUACAAGGAGGGCAAGAGAAUUGUUUGAUGCUGCCACAGUUGCCGAUAAGAAACACGUCGCAGCGUGGCAUGGAUGGGCAGUUGUGGAGCUAAAACAGGGAAAUCUCAGGAAGGCAAGGAAUCUUCUAGCUAAAGGUCUUAAAUUUUGUGGAGGAAACGAGUACAUAUAUCAAACGCUUGCAUUGCUGGAAGCUAAAGCAAAUCGCUACGAGCAAGCUCGAUAUUUGUUCAGGCAGGCCACAAAAUGUAAUUACAAAAGCUGUGCCAGUUGGCUAGCAUGGGCUCAAUUGGAGAUCCAGCAGGAAAAUUAUGGUGCUGCCAGGCAACUAUUCGAGAAAGCUAUACAGGCAAGCCCCAAGAACAGGUUUGCAUGGCAUGUCUGGGGAGUUUUUGAAGCAAAUAUUGGAAAUUUUGAUAUGGGAAGGAAGCUUUUAAAGAUCGGACAUGCCCUUAAUCCAAGAGAUCCUGUUCUACUUCAGUCUCUUGCUUUAUUGGAGUAUAAAUACACAACUGCAAAUCUUGCUCGAGUGAUGUUCAAGAGAGCAUCUGAAUUGGAUCCGAGGCACCAACCAGUGUGGAUGGCAUGGGGAUGGAUGGAAUGGAAAGAAGGAAACAUCGCCACAGCAAGGGAAUUAUACCAAAAAGCCCUAUCAGUUGACUCAACUAGUGAAACUGCUGCUAGAUGCCUGCAGGCUUGGGGAGUUUUAGAACAGAGAAUUGGCAACCUAUCUGCAGCUCGAAGAUUAUUUAAAUCCUCACUAAAUAUAAACUCUCAGAGUUACAUCACAUGGAUGACAUGGGCAGCGUUGGAGGAGGAUCAAGGAAAUGCUGUGCGUGCUGAGGAAAUUCGAAACCUCUAUUUCCAGCAGCGAACUGAAGUAGUGGAUGAUGCUUCAUGGGUAAUGGGAUUCUUAGACAUCAUAGACCCAGCACUUGACAGUGUAAAGAGACUAUUCAAGAUGGACCAAAACUCAUACAGCAUGUCACAAGAUUCUUUGAAAAGAAUGGCAGGGAUGGAUAAGAUUAGCAUUGAUGGGGGAUCAUUUGGCUCUUCCUCUAGUGGCUUUAAUUUGGAUGCUUUCAUCAUGGAAAGGUUGUCUCUAGACCCGUCAAAGCUCGAAAUUCAGACAGAAACUAUAAGAACUUCUUUACCAAAAAGAUACACAAGGAAAACAUCCAAGGCUAUUUCCUAGUGGAGACCUUCCAUUUAUUGAUUACAAAUGAUGAGGUUUAGGGGUUUCAAAUAUAGAAAACAAACGAAAGUUGUGAAUUAUACUAUUUAUACGAAAAAAUUAAUCUCCAUUAGCUUAUCAUGUAUGACAGAUUAAUCACUUUUGAAUGUCAUUUUUUCUUUUCUUCA